AACCAAAUUCGACUCACUUGAUCCCCUCAGUUUACUUUAUACUCGUGACCUUGCGCCAACACUUUUGCUGCUCGAGAUCUCAAAAUUUUCGGAAUUUUGAGAAAUUCAUCGUCUUUUUCCGGUAGGUAUCGUUGGACUACGCAUAAAAAUUGACUUUUAUAGAGAACAGUGUCAAUUUUAUCACUAAAUGCAUCAAGUUUGGGACUCUGCGUCCUCUGUUAUGCUAUUUCUUGGCUGGAUCACUUUCGGAAUUCGGAUCCCGUCCUAUUUGGUCGAGUCGUUUGAUUUAAUCUCAUCCAUCUACUUUGACAAUAUUUUUCAUCGGCGUUUGCUGCUCUUGCCGACCACACCCACUGUCAGCCUAUCCCAUCCUAUCCCCUCUUCCACCACCACCAACAGCAUCAUUCUGAGAUGGUGGUUCGCAUCAAAAGUACCAGGUUUGAUCUUCCGGGAGCAUUUAAAAGAAUCAUCGUUGGGAAUUUUGCUUUGGAUGACUUAAAAGAAGGGCCGGAAGAUGAAGAAUGGUUUUCAGACGAGCAUCGGGUUCCACUCAAACGUUUAUUGGACAGAUAUGGAAGCAACAUGACCCACGGGUUGGACCCAGUUCAGGUAGUCAAGAACCGCUUGAAAUAUGGGACCAACACAUUCGAGACAAGCAAUUCAAUGCCAACUUACACCGAGGGGGCAAAAGUGAUAAAGUCUUUCUUUUUCGGACUCAACACGCUCAUCUGGCUUUGCGCUGUCCUCAGUUUGUCCACGUCCGCAGUUAUCGGCUUCUUCUACCAAGGACAUUCUUACGGGGCUGAGCUUCUUUUCGGUACGGCCUUGAUUCUUGUCACAAUCAUUUCUGGAUUUUCAUUCUACUACCAAGAAUUCAAAUCUGCUCGUACGAUGAAGUCCUUCAAUCAAUUGAUUACCCCACAUUUCGCGAUGGUGAAACGGGACGGGCAUUUCAAAGAGGUCUUUGUGGACGAGCUGGUGGUUGGAGACAUUGUGAAGCUAACCUAUGGCGACAUCAUCCCUGCGGACAUCAGACUCAUCGAAUGCCACGAAUUCUUUGUGGACAAUUCCAGCCUCACGGGGGAAAGCGACCCAAAAAGAAGACACUCCAUUUGCACCGACAAUGACCCCAUGGAGUCCAAGAACCUCGUGUUUUACUCCACCGGGGCAGUUGAAGGUCACGCCAAAGGUGUGGUCGUGGCAGUGGGGUCGAACACAGUGAUGGGAAAGAUGGUGCAAUUGGCAGGAAGUGUCGAAGCAAAGAAAGCAAAAAGUCCGAUCGUAUCAGAGAUUGAAAACUUUAUCAAAAUAAUUUCCAUACGUUCCCUCGUCGUGGGUCUCAUCUUCUUCUUUAUCGCACUCGCCCUUCAAUUCUCGUGGCAAGAUUGCGUCUCCUUCUUUACGGAAAUUAUUGUUGCCAGCAUUCCCGAGGGUCUCAACCUCACUUGCACCAUGCUGCUCGUCAUGAUGGCCAAGUCAAUGGCGAGCAAACAUUGCCUGGUCAAAAAUCUGCAUGCCCUAGAAACCUUGGCUUCUUGCGCAGUUCUGAUCACGGACAAGACUGGGACGUUGACUCAGAACAAAAUGUCCAUUGCUCACUUGUGGUUCAACGACAAAUUCGCCGAAGCGGACACUUCGGAAUUCGUGGGAGGAGGUGAAAGUAGUGAAGGAGACCCCGGAGCGGAUAACAAAAGUGAGAAGAAGACAUUCAACAAGUUGGAUCCCAGUUUCAAAGCGCUUGCACGAGUUGCGCGACUUUGUUCGAGAGCCAAAUUUAAGCCCAUGCAGGGAGACGUUCCCAUUUUUAGGAGACAAGUUAAUGGAGAUGCGUCAGAAUCUGCUAUCUUACGCUUUAUGGAAACACAGUUCAAAAAUGUCAAAAAAUAUCGGACCAAGCAUAAAAUAUUGUGUGAAAUCCCGUUCAAUUCCAGAACAAGGUACCAAGUCUUUGUCCACGAAAUUGCAGAAAAGAAUCACAUCUCUCAGCACUUUGUUAGCAUUAAGGGAGCUCCAGAGGAAGUAUUGAAGCUCUGUGAUCGUAUUUUAAUCAACGAAACAGAAUUUCCACUCACAAAUAUCUGGCGGAAUCAAGUGGAACAAGCGAUUCAACGGCUUGGAUCUCUGGGAGAGCGCGUCAUCGGAUUUGGAGACUGCAUGCUACCUCAAGAUAAGUACAAUGAGUCAUUUUCGUACAUUUCGGAUAAACCAGAAUUUCUUAAUUCUGGACUUCGAUUUGUGGGGCUCAUGUCCAUGAUUGAUCCUCCGAGAGCGGCUGUACCUGAUGCGAUACGGAAAUGUCGAAACGCAGGUGUUCGGGUGGUCAUGGUUAGCGGUGACCAUCCGACCACUGCUGUUGCGAUUGGGCGAGUUGUCGGAAUCAUUGCAGAAGGAAACGAGACGCUGCAAGAACUCUCGGACCGAAAACAGCUCCCUCCUGAUCAGAUAAGCCCAGCCCGAGUGAACGUGGCUGUGGUCACUGGAUCUGAACUGAAACGAAUGGACAGUUCCCAACUAGAAGCAAUCCUCACAUCCAACAAGGAACUCAUUUUUGCCAGAACGAAUCCAGAACAAAAGUUCAAAAUUGUUGAAGCUUUCCAAAAAUUGGGUCAUUUGGUUGCGUUAUCGGGCGAUGGGGUGAAUGAUGCAAAUUCACUGAAGAAAGCUGACAUCGGGAUCAGUAUGGGCAUAACGGGGACGGAGGUGACUAAAGCUAUCAGCGACAUGGUGCUUCUCGACGACAAUUUUACCAGUGUGGUUGACGGCAUAGAAGAAGGGCGACGUGGUUUUGAAAAUCUGAAGAAGAUCUUGGCUUACUCGCUGGCUGACAAUGUAGCCGAGAUGUGGUCAUUCAUGUUGUGCAUCGUGCUCAAGAUUCCACUCCCCUUGGGGACGAUGGCCAUUCUUCUCACCGUUUUGGGAACGGACCUCUUCCCAUCUCUCAGCCUCAUGUACGAAACUUCGGAAACGGAUACGAUGAGGCUGAAGCCAAGGAACCCUUCCAAAGACAAAUUGAUUACGUCACAGCUUAUUACUCACACAUAUUUACAAGUGGCCGUGCUGGAGGCAGUGGCUGGCUACUUCUCGUACUUUGCCACAAUGGCGUCAUUUGGGUUCAUGCCUCUGACCCUCAUAGGAAUUCGGAACCAGUGGGAAAAUAGGUUUAUCACAGACUUACAAGAUUCUUGGGGACAAGAAUGGACAUUUCCAGCUCGAAAAAGAUUGGAAACAUAUUCACAGACUGCCUUUUUUGUUGCGAUUGUAAUCAUGCAAGUUGCAAACGUCAUAAUAUGCAAGACGAGACGACAAAGCAUAUUCCAGAAGAAAAUGACGAAUUGGACCAUGAAUCUUUCGAUUCUUGUCGCUCUGGGUCUAACUUGUGGAAUAAUUUAUAUUCGGCCGUUCGCUUCAUUUUUCGGAAUGACUUCUCUCAAGGGUAUUCAUUGGCUUCUUCCUCUGCCCUUUGCCCUGUUUUUAAUUGUUUUCGACGAACUGAGACGCCUCUUCCUGAGACAAUCUCACGAAGUGUGUGGAACUUAUCAUAAAAUGUUAUCUUUUUAGAUUGAUAUACCAGUGACAUAUUUUUUUAAAUUACGAUAGUGUUAUUUAUUACCUAAUCAUACAAUAAAAGUUAUGGAGAGAGAGUGCUGUGUAA